GACACGCGUUUGUGUACGUCGCGAUACGAGCUUUGAACGAGAUUCUUUUUAUUUUUGUCAUUCUUUAAAUUCCAAUCACGAGCUAAUGCGGUACGAGAUAGCGCGUCGAUAGAGAGGGUGCAUGCGAUUGAUUGAGGAUUCAAUCGUGCAUAUAACGUAAUCAUCUGUUUAGAAUACAUCUCGAGCGCCGCCAAGCAUUGCCACGUGAAAUUCGUAAAGUGCAUGCGUAUGUACCCCAUGAGGUAACUGGAGUCGCUGUGACGAGAAAUCGAUCGGCGAUCAUCGGUUCCGAAAAAAGAAAUCGGGAAGUAGGAAAGAAGACGAAGAAGAAAAGAAGAGGGCGCCAGUACAGAUAUAUCGGUGAGUGUGACUGGACGGAAAGACGUGGGCGAUUCCCAAGUACCGGCCUCCUGGUCCGUCGUGUCGUUACGAGUGUGUCAGUGAGUUUGUGGAGGCGAACCUAACCUAGUCGUCGGGUGCGCACUAUCGAUCAAGGAGCCAUUGGUUUGAAGAGGACUUUGUCUCUUUUGAGAUACUGGUUAUGCACGCGUAAUUUCGCGAUCAGUGGAAACACGUCUGUGCUUGUCGUUGAAUUUCGCGCUCAAUUACAGCGAGUUGCUUCUCUAACGUGCGUGUUACGAGCGUGAUUUCGAAGAAAGUUUUUUCGAUCGUCGUGUGAAAACGGGAGCGGAUAAAAAAGGGGACGAAUAAAAAAGUUAAAGGCAAACGAGUAGAGGAGAAACUAACGGUGGCAGCGAUUGGAAAUCGGAAGUGAUCGUGUUGUGUAUUGGAAGCGAUUCUAUGUGGCAAGAUGAUGGAGACACAGAAUUAUUGGGAGGACAACUCCGCUCAUUCUAUGCAAGUAAAAUACGAGAGUUUGGAUGGUAGAUCCUGCAAGGACGAAAUAUACAGGAUGGGAAUAGGCGCUGGAUAUUGCGAAGGAAAUUUGAACUUCGCUACAGCCUCCGAGGACGACGAGGUUUAUACCAAGAAAAAAGUGUCUCGACAAGAUCCAAUGUCCCAUAGAAUUAUCGAAAAACGGAGAAGAGACCGUAUGAACAACUGCUUGGCCGACCUAAGUAGACUCAUACCGGCCGAGUACUUGAAGAAAGGUCGAGGAAGAGUAGAGAAGACCGAGAUAAUUGAAAUGGCUAUUCGCCACAUGAAGCAUCUUCAAGGUCUUCGACAAGAAUCUAAACACCCUGCCAUGACACCGGUGCACACACACCCCGAGGACAGCGUGGACAGUGUCUCGCAUUCAACGGUCGCGUCCACUGCAGCAGAACACUAUAGGCUGGGUUACCAAGAGUGUCUCAGCGAGACGCUACACUUCCUCGUGGAGGUGGAGGGCUUCUUCGCCAGGGAUUCUCUGUGUGUUCAGUUGAUCAACCAUUUGCAACAACACUGCGAGAAGAUUUUAGCUACCAGCGAUAGGCUGGGCUUCCCUCAUCCCGAGAUGCCAACGACGAACGGCGUAGCGAACGGUACCAGCUUCGCUCACACCAGCAUUCCCACGAUAUGCCAACCGAAUGGUCAUUCCGAUCACGGUUCAAGCUCCGGUGUGAGUUCGUUCGGCGAUCCUGAACGUCCUUUACGUCCAACGAUUAUCCCACCGCCAGCGAUAGUCAGCGACGACAGCAAUCACAGCACCCACUCGCAUAGUACACCGCCGAGUACCAGCUGCAAGCCUUCCAACUACAAGUUCAAGAGCUCGAUCAAGCAAAGGUUCUCCGCGGAGAGGAUAAAAUCUAGCCCACCGCCGGCGACCAACACGGAGAAACCGUCCUCUUCACACGGCGUGCCGAUAUUUGCACUGCACGACGGUGGCGCGUUUUAUGUUCCGUUAACGGUCGAAGCGUCAAUGUUGAGGCCUCACUUGAACUUCAUCCCGGACACCGGUCCAGACACGGUCCUCCAUCCCGUUACGAUAUCUGUGAAUUUCAACCAUACGACGAGUCCACCGGCGUGGUCACACCAUAACAGUCCUACGCAUCAGCAACAGACAUAAAGGACACGAGCCAGGGGUCGUUUCUGAG